AUGCGCUCUAGAUUCCAAGGCGACGGCACGUUCUCCUCGGUCACCGUUCUUAACUCGCCUGCUCAAGCGGUCUCGGUCGGCACCACGGGCAAGUCGACGAUCCAGCAAGUCACGAUCGACAACUCUGCUGGCAACGCCAAGGGCCACAACACCGACGGAUUCGACAUCAGCGCGUCGGACGUGACGAUCACCAACAGCAAGGUGAUGAACCAGGACGACUGCGUCGCCGUCAACUCGGGCGACAGCGUGACGAUCGAGAGCACGACCUGCACGGGUGGCCACGGGAUCUCGAUUGGCUCGAUCGCGUCGGGCAAGUCGGUGACGAACUUCCGCGCGACGGGCAACACGGUCAGCAACAGCAAGUACGGGCUGCGGAUCAAGGUCGAUGCAAACGCAUCCGGUGCAAAGGUAUCUGUCAACACUCUGUCCGGCAUCAGCGACUACGGGAUCCUCAUUUCGCAGAGCUACCCGACUGAGGACGGCACCACUGUCGGGACUGGCGGGCCGAUCUCGAACGUUGCGUUCAACGGCGCGAAGACCCUCUCGCCGUAGACUCGAGCGCAUACUCCGUGGUCGUGAACUGCGGUGCGUGCUCUGGCACGUGGGACUGGUCCGGUCUCGACGUGACCUCCGCUGGCAAAGGCCACAAGCUUUCCGGGAACCAGGCAAAGAUCUCGGGUGGUACCUACUAGUUUUGCCUCAUACUCUCUUUAGAAUCUGGCUCAUCCCUA